AUGGCACCAGUAUCGCUGUCAUCUGACGCAUCCAUCUCCUCCCACACCUUAUCUGCCGGCUCCAACGCAAUGGAUACAUCGAACAUGAACUCGACCGCCCAGCUCGCAUCGCUCCUCAAAAACCCUACACAAUUUCUCCUUCCAACGUUACAACUUCAAGGGUCAUGCGUUACGACCACUAAAGGGUUGCUCGAUCCAAUCGCCGCUGGUAUCAGUGAACUACAAAAACAACGACAACAAGCUUUGCGCAAGAGGAAGCGGGGGGACUAUGACGCCGUCGACCCUCUUAAGAUUAAGAAGAUACACACAGAAGGAUUUGGUACAUCGGCAAUUUUCGAGCAAGCACGGAAGGUGCUAGACGCUGCUCUUGACGAGAUAGAGCUCGCACUUCCGGUUGAAGAGAGCUCUGACGGGGAGGAUGCUGAGCUUGACGAAGAAUUGAGUGAUUCCCUAGGCCAUUUGGAAUACGAUGAGGACGACGAGAUCUUGGAUGAUGGCGAAUCAGUGGACUUCGAUGAUGACGACGAUGACGACGAAGAAGGCGAGUCAGGGGACGACGAUGAUAUGGACGAAGUUCUCGAGGUGGAAGAUGAUUAUGACGAAAUAGAUGGCAGCGACAUUGAAGAGGACGAGGACAAAGACGAAGAUCAAUCUGAUGAUGAACAAGCUGCGACAUAUCAGCCAGAUCCCAACGGACUCAAUGACGGCUUCUUCUCUAUCGAUGAUUUCAAUCGCGUGUCCGAGUUCCUUGAGCAACAGGAUCAACGUGGAGAGCCCGUAGACGAAGAUGACGAAGAAGUCAACUACGAUGCAGACCCAUUUGCUGCUGGAAUCGGAAAACCCCUUGGCGAUGAUGACUCUGAUGAGUCCGAAGAAGGCGGACCAACGUUCGGCAACGUCGACCUUAACGCACCAGAAGGCGAUAGUGAAGAUGAUGAGGAGCUCGACGAGGGUGAUAUGGAUGGCAUGGGCGAUACAACAAACGCCAACGAUAUCAUGUACGCAGAUUUCUUUGCGCCUCCAGCACAGAAGGCGAAUCGGAAGAAGAAGGGUCGGCCUCACCCACACAACUUCCCGACCGCGAAAAAGGAUGAAGAGAAGGAGAGCAUUGAUGAUGAAGACGUCGAGCGAGCAAUGUCUCGUGUCCAGCGCGAUCUAUUUGAGGAUGAAGAUUCCGCGGGAUCGCAGUCGGAAGGUGAUCUAAGCGACCUGGAUCCAUCAGACCCCAAAUCUCGGAAGUCAAAUCACGAGCGUAGACAGGCUAAAUUGCGGGAGGAAAUCCGGAGAUUAGAAGCAGCGAAUGUUGCGAAACGGGAAUGGCAAUUGCAAGGUGAGGUUAGCAGUCGUGAUCGACCAGAGAAUGCCCUUCUCGAGGAGGACCUCGAGUUCGAGACGAUUGGUAAACCUGUGCCUGUUAUUACGGCGGAAGUCUCCGAGUCGAUUGAAGCGCUGAUCAAGCGUCGUAUUCUUGCAAACGAAUUCGAUGAGCUCAAGCGUAGAAGACCAGACGAUCUUGCUGUGGCAAAUGUGCGCAGGGGCAAAUUGGAAUUGGAUGAUGCCAAGCCAUCAAAGGGUCUGGCUGACCUAUACGAGGAAGAUAUCUUACGCCAGACGGAUCCUAACUUCGUUGAUGCACGAGAUGAGAAGCUGAAGAAGGAACAUGCCGAAAUCGAGGCCCUCUGGAAGAGCGUAUCGGGCAAACUCGACUCUCUUAGCUCAUGGCAUUACAAGCCUAAGCCAGCUGCACCGAACCUGGAAAUUCGGGUCGAUGCUCCAGCUAUUGAGAUGGAAGAUGCACGGCCAACAGCUGGUGGGGAAGUUUCCGGAGCAAGCAUGCUCGCGCCUCAAGAGGUUUACAAGCCCGGUGAUGAGAAGAACAAACUGGAGAUCGUCACGAAGGGAGGAAUGCCCGUUGCCCGAGAGGAACUGUCAAGAGAACAGAAGACUCGCCGUCGCAGAAGGGAGAAAGAGAGGAUCAAGAAGGCCAAUGACAACUCCAAGCCAAGUACGAAGAAUAAGAAGGCAGAACAGAACAAGGAAUUGCUUGGCACUCUCAAGAAAGGAGGUGUCCAGAUCAUCGGAAAGAAGGGACAACUUACUGACGUCGAAGGCAAAGAUGUCAAGGAGAAAGCAAAAACCAGCGCAGGUGGUUACAAGCUCUAA